AUGCACUGGCUGUUGGAAGGUUCAGCCAUUGUGGAGGAACUCUGCUCACUGAAGUGCACCCUACAGAAUGGAACAGUGGUGAAAAUGUGUGCCCUCCAGUCACAGCUGAAGGACAUGGACGUGAGCUGUGUCAGCAAAUUUUGGUUAACCUUCUCCAUAGUUGGUUCUUGUUUGAUCACCGUGGUGAUUGUGCUGGGAAUCUUUGCUUAUCGUUACAGAUGGAAUAUAAAAUAUUGGGUUCUUACAAAAUUUAGGAGAGGUCCCGUGUAUAAAGAGCUGACCAACGAGCAAUACAAAUAUGAUGCAUUCGUGGCUUACAACUACACCAGUUACCGAUGGGCUUGCAUCGAUUUGAGAAAAUUUUUGGAAAUUGAGAACGAUUUCUCACUGUGUCUUCACGAUCGCGACUUUAUCCCCGGUGGAAACAUUCAGCAGAGCAUUGUGGACGCCAUGAACAGCAGCCGGAAAAUCAUCUUGGUGAUCAACAAAGCUUUCAUGAAAAGUGAAUGGUGUGAAUUUGAAGUUCAAAUGGCGGGCAUGCGCAUGGUAAUAGACGGCCUUGAAGACGCCAUUAUAGUGAUCAUGAUGGAAGAAAUCCCUGUGACAGAAAUGUCCAAAUCGCUGCUGAGCCUGUGGAAAGACAUCACAUUCCUGGUGUGGCCCGAGGAUGACCCAGGCGAGGAACGGAUCUUCUGGAGCCGUCUGCUAGACGGUAUGGCGCGCUGA